AUGGGGAGCAUCCGAUUGUGUUAUCCAGUGUCCAUGGGGAGUGUUAGCAGGGCCCAGGAAGCAAGUCCAAGUACAGCCUUCCUGGCAUACAUCACCCCAAUAACACACUGGGACCUUCUCAUCGACCUCAGACUCCUCAUAAGCCCUUUGCUGGCCAGGGUGGCUCUGCAGAUCGCUCCUCCAUGUACCAGUGAGCGGCAUUAUGAGCAUCUGGGACGGUGCUGUAACAAAUGUGAACCAGGAAAGUACAUGUCUUCUAAAUGCACUACUACCUCUGACAGUGUAUGUCUGCCCUGUGGCCCGGAUGAAUACUUGGAUACCUGGAAUGAGGAAGAUAAAUGCUUGCUGCAUAAAGUUUGUGAUACAGGCAAGGCCCUGGUGGCCGUGGACGCCGGCAACAGCACGGCCCCCCGGCGCUGCGCCUGCACGGCUGGGUACCACUGGAGCCAGGACUGCGAGUGCUGCCGCCGCAACACCGAGUGCGCGCCGGGCCUGGGCGCCCAGCACCCGUUGCAGCUCAACAAGGACACGGUGUGCAAACCUUGCCUCGCAGGCUACUUCUCAGACGCCUUCUCCUCCACGGACAAAUGCAGACCCUGGACCAACUGUACCUCCCUUGGAAAGACGGUAGAACAUCAUGGGACGGAGAAAUCCGAUGUGGUUUGCAGUUCUUCUCUGCCAUCUAGAAAACCACCAAAUGAACCCCAGGUUUACUUGCCCGGUUUAAUAAUUCUGCUUCUUUUCACAUCUGUGGCCCUAGUGGCUGCCAUCAUCUUUGGCGUUUGCUAUAGGAAAAAAGGGAAAGCACUCACAGCUAAUUUGUGGCACUGGAUCAAUGAGGCUUGUGGCCGCCUAAGUGGAGAUAAGGAGUCCUCAGGCGACAGUUGUGUCAGUCCACACACGGCAGCCUUUGGUCAGCAGGGAGUGUGUGAAGGUGUCUUACUGCUGACUCUGGAGGAGAAGACAUUUCCAGAAGAUACGUGCUACCCAGAUCAAGGUGGUGUCUGUCAGGGCACGUGUGUAGGAGGUGGUCCCUACGCACAAGGCGAAGAUGCCAGGAUACUCUCAUUGGUCAGCGAGACCGAGACAGAGGAAGACCGCUUCAGACAGAUGCCCACGGAAGAUGAAUACAUGGACAGGCCCUCCCAGCCCGCAGACCGUUUACUGUUCCUCACUGAGCCUGGAAGCAAAUCCACACCUCCUUUCUCUGAACCCCUGGAGGUAGGGGAGAAUGACAGUUUAAGCCAGUGCUUCACAGGGACACAGAGCACAGUGGGUUCAGAAAGCUGCAGCUGCACUGAGCCCCUGUGCGGGACUGAUUGGAUUCCCAUGUCCUCUGAAAACUACUUACAAAAAGAGGUGGACGGUGGCCAUUGCCCGCACUGGGCAGCCAGUCCCAGCCCUAACUGGGCAGAUGUCUGCACAGGCUGCCGGAACCCCCCUGGGGAGGACUGUGAACCCCUCGUGGGUUCCCCGAAACAUGGACCCUUGCCCCAGUGUGCCUAUGGCAUGGGCCUUCCCCAUGAAGAAGCAGCCGGCAGGACAGAGGCCAGAGACCAGCCCGAGAACGGGACUGAUGGGAGGCUCCCAAGCUCGGCAAGGGCAGGCGCCGGGUCUGGAAGCUCCCCUGGUGGCCAGGCCCCUGCAUCUGGAAAUGUGACUGGAAACAGUAACUCCACGUUCAUCUCCAGUGGGCAGGUGAUGAACUUCAAGGGCGACAUCAUUGUGGUCUACGUCAGUCAGACCUCGCAGGAGGGCGCUGCGGCGGCGGCGGAGCCCGUGGGCCGCCCGGUGCAGGAGGAGACCCUGGCGCGCCGCGACUCCUUCGCGGGGAACGGCCCGCGCUUCCCGGACCAGUGCGGCGGCCCCGAGGGGCUGCGGGAGCCGGAGAAGGCCUCGCGGCCGGUGCAGGAGGAGGGCGGGGCCAAGGCUUGAGCGCCCCCCAUGGC